AUGUCUUAUGCACGCCCUAUGGCUCUCCAAGGAGACGAAUUUGUUAGUGGCGAUGGAACAAAACCACGGGAACAAGGUGGUCAUGCAACCAGACCCGACGGCCCCGGGUGGCACAAGGCUUCUCUUUACGGGCUUUAUGGUCCCCGUCCUCGAGACGUUAACUUUGGCCUGGGCCCUUUUUCCAUUGAUGCUGCCCGCAACGAAGUAAUCGAAUUCACUUGGCCAGUUUCCUUCGUGGUGGUCAAAGUAUUUGCGGGUCGAGGGAGUCCUGAGGUGGACCCGUGGGCCUUCCUGCUGCCCCUUGGCCCAGGGGUGUGGGCAGCGAUGAUUGCUUCCAUUCUGCUACUUUCCAUCGUCACCUUCAUUCUCUCUGCAGUGUUCUUGCAAGAAAAGUUUAACACAGAACAUAUUGUUACGAGGAAGCUCAGUUUCAUCAGCAUUGUGCUUCGCCAGUCUGUGUGGAUAGGAGGAACUGUGUGGUGGUGGGAGCGUCUGGUUCUUGGCGUGUGGAUGUUAAUGACGCUGGUGCUGACGCGGAGCUAUGAAAGCACCCUGAUGUCUCUUUUGGCCGUGAGGCACCUGCCCCAACCUUACCAGACCCUCAGGGCAGUGCUCGAUGACCAUGCAGUGGGCAUGAUUUGGCAUAAGCAGGGUGCAAUCAUGCAGGCAAUAAUGGACGCCACCUCUGGGAUCUUCUGUGAAGUGAAGGCGAGCGAGGAGGAAGGCCGCCUCACUAAGCUGCCACUGUAUGCGUACGCCUCAGUCGUGGAUCAAAUUAUAUCGCACAGCAAAGUAAUAAUCGACUACGAUGUAAUAACGACCGUCGUCAGGAACGACCAUUUCUCUCGAACAGGUCGAUGUGAUUUUUACUUUGGACAAGAACGUAUUUUGUCUCACCCCAUAUCACUGAUCAGCCAGAAGGACAGUCCCCUCAUCCCAGUCUUCAACAAGCGAAUAACGUCCAUGACUGAAGCUGGCCUGUACAACUACUGGGAGAUGGAGGCGUUGCCUAACUCGAGUGCGUGCAACCGAGUGCCAACUAAAAUCACUGUCAGCUCGUCCCUUUCACUCAGGCAGUGCUGGGUUCACUCUGAAAGUCGAAAGUGUCGUUUGGAAGUUGCAUCUCGAUAUGAAAAUAAACAUAAAGACCAAGCCGUGUGUUAA